ACAAAAAAAAAAAAACCUGCUGCCUUCGCCCCGUGUGCCCUGCUUUCCGCCAGAAUGGAUUCCCCACAUCUCCUCUAUGGCAUGUCCAGGCCCCAUGACCCGUACUUCGCCCACUCAUACGCCACCACUCAGUCUAGGGGGCCCCUUAUAGAUCCCAGCGGUCUGGACAGCAACAUUGACCCUUCGCUCGGGUAUGCUUUACCAGCCACGUCUGCAAUUUCUACCGGAGCCUUGGGUCAUCCGCACCGAGAGGGGACUGCCUUCUUCAACACCCAGCCUGUCCAAUCUCCUCAACUACAGGCCCAGCAGCACUUGCAGCACCAGUCAGUGCUGCCGUCGACUUUCCAAAUCCCUUUCCAGCAACCGAGAUGGGGCUCUCCCGUCUCGUCGUACGACCGCGGCUCUUCCUGUAGCAGCGCCUUGAGCCCGGCUGGUGACAGCGACGUCUUCCACGAGAUUGGGCCGGCGACGCCCCCUGCCGGCGUCGACUGCACGGUGGCGCCGUCUCACCAUCUCAAGUACCAGCCUGCGGGCUGCCACACGCCCCCUCAGACCACCUGGGGCUCGCCACGGCUUCUCAUUGCCAACGACCAGAUCGCUGCGCCGUGCGUGACCGCCGGAUACGUUGACCCUUCACAGAUCAACCCAGCCUCCCAGGCCGACUUUGAUUUCUACGCCGCGCCCAUCCCCAUCGACUACGAUUUUGGGACGCCCCAACGCAGCCUCACUCUUCAGAGCAGCUCGUCGAUUGGACUCCCAUCGCUUGAUGCCAACAACACCUCGACCACGGUAGAGACCUUUUCGGUUCCAAUCAAGCAGGAGGACACAAUCACAGCCGCCUACUACCCGCCCAGCCCCUUUUGUCAGGAGAGCGUCGAUUCCGAGACGGAGCACCCCAGAGGUCUGAAGCGCAGCCGCAGCGCGGACCAGGACGACGGCGAGUACGACGAGGACGGCGACGACAGCAGCAACUUUGCGCCAGCCAAGCCUAUCAAGUCCGUCAAAACUCGGAGCAGAGCAGCAGCGUCGCCCAAGAAGAAGCCCGCGCCCAGGCGGCCAUCCAAGCCGGCGAGCCAGUCCAACGCGGCGCCACCGUCCCCCAAGAGGCAAAGAAGAAAGUCUAGCAAGGCCGAGGUGGACCUCGCCUCCUCCUCCUCCUCCUCCUCCUCCUCCUCCUCCAUUACCUCGGCCUCCAUGGCUUCCUCCCCAGGCGGGUCUGGCGUGAUGCUCACCCAGGCGGGCCCCGGACACCUCACCUGCCGGGACUGCCCGCAGGCCAAGUCCUUUAAGACUGAGGGUGCGCUCGAGACCCACGUCAAGAAGCAGCACAAGCGGCCUUUCGUCUGCGUGUUUGCGUUUGCGGGUUGCGAGUCCGGCUUUGCGAGCAAGAACGAGUGGAAGCGCCACGUCUUGUCGCAGCACAUCCUGCUCAAGUUCUGGGUCUGCACCCAAGACGACUGCGCCAAGACGGUCAACAUGCCCCCGGUGCUCGCCCCUGCCCCAAGCAGUAGCGGCGGCCAGACCAUGACGGUCACCUCGCCCACCAUUCCGGUGCGCGCCAGCAGCAGUCUCAGGGGCCGCAACUCGUGCGCAAUCGCCCCGGCCUCCUCCCUCACCGCGGGCUCAGGGGUGGCCGGCCACCACCCCAAGUUCGGCCCGCCCCUGCCAAACGGUGCCAUCUUCAACCGCAAGGACCUGUACACCCAGCACGUCCGCCGCAUGCACGCCCCGGACAGGAACAGACAGCAGCAGAGGCCCGGCGGGCCGUCCUCCUCCUCGCUGCCCAUCGCCGUCGCGCCCGUUGUCGUCCCGCACGGGAGGAGGUCGUCCUCCUCGUCGACCGUCACCGUCGCUGCGGCCGUGGGGGGCGACGGCGAGGCCUUGGCCUGGGAGGAAGUGCUCAGGCAGAUGCAGUGCGACGCCGAAAGGGAUCGGUGCCGGCUGCCGACGCGCAUGCAGUGCCCGGCGCCCGGCUGCGCCACCGCCUUCGAGGGCGACAACGCCUGGGACGAGCGCAUGGAGCACCUCGCCAAGCACCUCGAGGCCGCGGCGCGCGGCGACCAGCCGGCGGUUCCCCUGGCGGGCGGCGGCGGCGAGCCCGACCGGUCGCUGAUCGAGUGGGCGUCGAGGCCCAACGUCGCCAUCAUCGUCCCCUGCGCCGGCGGCGGCAGGGGGGCCGCCGGGACGACGCAGUGGGUGCUCAACAAUCCGCUCAAGCCAUCCGGGGCCGCCGUCAUGGCCAUCACCGCCGCCGCCGCCGCCGCCGCCACCGCCGCUGCCGCGAGCUUCCUCGACAACCCGACCGUCCUUGACGAGAUUAUUGUCGAGCGGGCGGACGAGGACGCCGAGGGAGAGGACGACGACGGCUACUAGUCCUCGACUUUUUUUCAUGCAUCUUAUCAAUCACAGCAAAAGUCUACAUUCCUUCUACACGGACUUUUCUUCUGCUUACGUUAACAAAAAACAAACAACAAACAAACAAACAAACACCCCCUUCAUAGUUUCUAAACCAGCACGUCUGGGUUGUAUGGCUAGGUAAAUGUAGUGGCAUCAAGUGGGUUUGCGUUCUUUUUCUUUUGCUAUCUAGGCGAAAACAUUUCUUCCUACGAUAUAGGCAUCUUCCCUUCCUCCUGUCCUUGCCCGGCUAUCGGCAUUUUUAGAGGCAGUGUAACGUCAACGGAGGACCUGGGUAUUAAUCUCCUUGUUUUGGGCACAGAUGGAUGGAUUGGGCGAAAGCGAUUUGGUGGCUUGAUUUAGAUUUAUACCAUCCAGGAGGAAUCGGGAGACUAUGAGUUAUGAAUAUCGUCAAGAUAACUUUCUAUUUACAUUCAACGCUGUAUCAUUCGAUCCUAUUGCUUUUGCU